AUGGAGUCUUCGAGAAUAUUUGUCAAGGGUCUCCCCCCAAAUCUGAGUGCUGAUGACUUCAAGCGGCACUUCUCGAAGCAGUCUGCAAUCACAGAUGCAAAAUUCAUACCUCAUAGGCGCAUUGGAUAUGUGGGUUAUAAGACGCCUGAAGAUGCUGCAAAAGCAGUCAAAUAUCACAACAAAUCCUUCGUCCGUAUGUCAAAGAUUGGCGUCGAGCUCGCUCGUUCGGUCAAAGAUCAGUAUGCCCUGGGACCAGGCAUCAAUUCCGCCAACAGUAGCAAGAGAGAGCACGCAGAAUCUCAGGAGCAGAGUCUAACGGAUACUAACAGCGUUGAGAAAAAGAAGCGAAAACGUCAAGGUCCAGCAGAAGAUGGAGGCAAACCCAAGCUACGGGAAUUCCUCGAAGUGAUGCAACCGCCCUCCAGGUCAAAAAUUUGGGAAAACCAAGAUGCCGCAAUGUCGCAAGUCUCUGCACGGCCUAGUUCAAAAGCUGAAAAUACGGUGACACGAGAAGCUCAAAGCGAUGAGGUUUACGACCACGUGCCAAAAAAAAGGAAGAAAAAAGGGAAAAGUGAGGACGAAAAUGUGAUGCCUGCUGAGCCUCCAGCAUCAGUGGAUUUGCCUAGCAUGGAUGCGAGGACAGUCCCAAGUGUUUGUGACCUCUCCCAAGAAGCUACACAGGAGCCAUUGGCCAAAUCGUUAGCAGCCUCAGACGCUGACUGGCUUCGAUCACGGACUAGCAGAUUGCUCGGGUUGGUGGACGACGAUGACGUGCAACCUACAGUGCUGCCAGAGGACGCUCCAACAGAGAAGAUAGGCCUAUAUGAGUUUCCAGAGCUGGUCAAAGAGGGAAGUGUAUCCGGUGCAAGUUUCCAGACCGACGAGGGAUUAGAGGUCGAAGGAGCCGCACUUGACGAUAAAGCUGCUGGUAAUGGAAGGCUAUUUGUGCGGAACCUCACGUACACAACUACCGAGGAAGACCUACGGAAGCAUUUUGAGAACGGAGGUCGCGGGACUAUUGAAGAGGUGCACCUUCCUAUUGAUUCACGGUCUGGCAAAAAUAAGGGGUUUGCCCACGUUCAGUAUACAGAACCGGUAGCAGCUACGAAGGCGCUUCACAUCCUGGACCGAAAACCUUUCCAAGGCCGUUUACUGCAUUUGAUGCCAGGCAACCCAAAGAGAGAGACUGCUUUAGAUGAAUUUGCUAUUUCAAAGCUGCCACUAAAGAAACAACAACAAAUCAAGCGCAAAGCUGAUGCGGCUUCUUCUACCUUCAAUUGGAACUCAAUGUAUAUGAAUUCUAAUGCUAUCAUGUCAUCGAUCUCUGAUCGACUUGGCGUAGCAAAAUCCGAAUUGUUGGAUCCAACUUGCUCAGACACUGCAGUCAAGCAAGCACAGGCUGAAACCCAUAUUAUACAAGAGACUAAAUCUUACUUCACGAAUCAUGGUGUAGAUCUAGAAGCCUUCAAGAAAAAAGAGCGUGGGGAUACCGCAAUCCUGGUCAAAAACUUUUCCUAUGGUACAAAGUCAGAAGAGCUGAAGAAGCUUUUCGAAGCUCACGGCCAAACAAAGAAAUUACUAAUGCCGCCAUCUGGCACCAUUGCUAUUGUGGAGUAUGACCAGUCUGAUCAUGCACGAUCAGCAUUCGCCAGUCUAGCUUAUAGGAAGUUUAAGGAUUCCGUAUUAUUUCUCGAGAAAGCGCCCAAAAAUCUAUUCCAAGAUGUGCAGGGCCUACCAGACAGCCGGGUAGAUGAAUCUGCAAAUUCUCAGGGUGCGAAGCCUUCCUCGACGGAAUUGCUGGAAAGCAAGGAUGCUCCUGGAUCCGCCCAUACGUCGACACUCUUCGUCCGUAAUCUCAACUUUUCGACUACUACAGAACGCUUGCGUGAGGUCUUUCAGCCUCUCGAGGGCUUCAUGUCGGCUAAGGUGAAGACCAAGCCCGACCCGAAGAAGCCAGGGCAGCUUUUGAGCAUGGGGUUUGGAUUCCUCGAAUUUCGUUCCAAGAGCAAUGCCCAAGCAGCUCUCGCAGCUAUGGACGGUUACAGGCUUGAUAGUUACGAGCUCCUCAUUAGAGCGUCGCAUAAGGCUAUAGAUGCGGCGGAAGAGCGUAGGAAGGAAGACCAGGCCAAGAAGAUGGCGGCCAGAAACACCAAGAUCAUCAUCAAAAAUCUGCCGUUUGAAGCUUCCAAAAAAGAUGUCCGAUCACUAUUUGGAUCUUACGGCCAGCUGCGAUCUGUUCGAGUACCCAAGAAGUUUGAUAGCUCUACGCGGGGCUUUGCUUUUGCAGAUUUCGUCACGGCCAGAGAAGCUGAAAACGCAAUUGACGCAUUGAGAGAUACGCACUUACUGGGUAGAAAAUUGGUUUUAGACUUUGCUGCUGAGGACGCUGUCGAUCCUGAGCAAGAAAUUGAGAGGAUGCAGCAAAGAGUCGGUAAACAAGCCGAUAAGGUUGCAUUGCAGAGAUUGACAGGUUCGGGCCGAAAGAAGUUCCAUGUCGAAGGAGGCGACGACGAUCAAGAUUGA